AUGAAAAGAAUAAGUGAUUGUUGUGGUAGGUCAAGCGGAGAAUCCGUCCGAAAACGGAUCUUCUGAAGACGUUUCGCCGCCCGGGAAGCAGCACAUUUUGACGAGUAAUAUGAGCAAUCGCGGAAGUCUGAACGAGAGUCUCAUUAUGGAUCACGAGUGGGGUUCUACGCUAGUUUCCAAAUCAGUAAGAAUUACAGUCAGAUCUCGGCUGAUUACGACUUUGUCACCAAAGCUUUGUUGGUUCAGAAGAGAUCUUCGAAAAAUGAUAACUUGGUGGGGAGAAACGUCUAAAUUCAACCUGAAUCCAAGAGUUCAGAACACUUCACGGAUCAUCACUUCUUGCCAGAAGUCUUCCGUUUCCUUGUCCUAUUUCUUCGAGGAGUAUGGUAACAUUCCGCUGCCUAUCUGGAUGACUGCCGCUCUCAUUCGUGGUACACUUGAAAAGCCGAAGUUAAACAGAAAUAUUGUAUUUUCAGACAUGGCAAAAGCCUUGCUGCAACUGCACAACAACCAAGUGGUUCACGGAGCGGUGACGCCGGAAAAUAUCCACUUCAUGAAAGAGAAACCUUGGAUCUGCCUACUGACGAGCAGAGCGCACGCUCGCAAAAUCAAUCCGCACAAAAUGUAGGCUUUUCUUGCCUUUUUUGGUCGAACGCGGCUGACUCACUUUUUCAAAACAUAUAGUUUGAACUCGAAACUUUUCGCGCGUUUUUAAUAGAGCGCAACUGCUGACCACACGAAAAAGCCGCGGUUUUCUUUGUUGUUUUCGAAAUCCAGAUGUGUCCGCGUUUUCCAGAAUGAAGUCCCGCGCCGAAGACAUUGCGCAGCUCGGUCACGUCCUUUUCCGUUGUCUGACCGGAUGGGAGGUCGGGACUGUCGAUUUGACUGGCCGCCCGUUCGAAAUCCCCGAAAACGGUCUCGUUUUGGCGUCGAAAAUGAUGGCUCGCAAAUUCAGCGAACCCGUCCAGUACAUCAUGACCCAUCCGUUUGUCGUCGAAAACUGCAAAUUGCGAACUGCUCGUUUCUUGAAGUUGACUUCUCUUCAAUAA